AUGUCUGGCAGAGGCGGACCUGGGGAUGGCAGGGGAGGUGGCAGGGGCCGCGGCAGGCUGCGCCCAGGCCUGCGCCCAGUUGCAGAGAACACCCGGCUGUCUAUUACCGAGCAGCUGGAGCUGUUCCAGCGCUCGGACGCCACAGGCGAGUUGCCAGGGAGCGCCUCAGGGCGCCAGCAGGCCGGCACCGAGUAUGCCUUCCCGCCAGGCCUGUCCAACCACGAUCGUGCGGUGGUGCACGCCGAAUGCAAGAAGUACGGCUUCACCAGCAAAUCGCACGGCAAGAACGAGUCGCGCUGCGUGUGCGUGUACAAGCGGCAGCAGCGGCGCGGCGGCGACCCGGCGUUUGAGCUGCCGCUGGGGCCGCAGUCGCUUGCGGCCCUGGAAGCCUACUUCCACGCGCACCCGCCCUCGCAGGCGGAGCUGGCCGGCAUUGCGGGGCAGGGGCGGGACGUGGAUCUGCAGGAUUCGUACGGCACAGGGGAGGCCGGCAGCAGCAGCGAGGAUGAGGCGGAGGAGGAGGCGGCGGCAGAGGGCGACGCAGUAGAAGCAGCGGCAGCUGGUGCUCAGGCAGGCGCCGACGGCCAGCAGCAGCAGCAGCAGGCGGAGGCAGGCGGGCGCAAGAAGGGGCGCGGCGGCGGCGGCGCCAAGCAGCACGCCGCGGCGUUUAGUGAGGCGGAGAGCCUGAUCGCGGGGCGUGAGGCGCUACCCAUCGCCUCCUUCCGCGAACAGAUUGUGUCGGCGCUGGACAGCAGCCAGGUGGUGCUGAUUGCGGGGGAGACGGGGUGCGGCAAGACCACGCAGGUACCACAGUACAUCCUGGAGGAUGCGUGGUACCGCGGCAAGGGCUGCCGCGUGGUGUGCACCCAGCCCCGCCGCAUCUCAGCCGUAUCGGUGGCUGAGCGCGUGGCGGCGGAGCGCGGCGAGGGCGUGGGCGACAACGUGGGCUACACCAUCCGCCUGGAGUCGCGCGGCGGCCCCGCCUCCUCCCUCAUGUUCUGCACCAACGGCGUCCUGCUGCGCAUGCUGACCGCGGGCGCGCGUGGCGGCGGCGGCGGCGGCGGCGGUCCCGCGCGGGACCCCCUGGCCUCCGUCACUCACCUGGUGGUGGACGAGAUCCACGAGCGGGACCGCUUCGCCGACUUCCUGCUCAUCCUGGUGCGCGACCUGCUGCCCGCGCACCCCCACCUGCGCGUGGUGCUCAUGUCCGCCACCCUGCACAUCGACCUGUUCUCUGGCUACUUUGGGGGGUGCCCGGUGGUGCGCGUGCCUGGGUUCACACACCCAGUGGAGGACUUUUAUCUGGAGAGUAUCCUGGCGCUGACGGGAUACCAGGAGGCGGCGGUACGGCAGGUGGGCGGCCUGACGGGCGGCACCGGCGCCAGCCGCGCCACCGCGCCGCCGCCGGCCAGCCUGCCCGCCAAGGAGCGGCGGCGGAUCGAGGAGGCGAUCGAGGCGGCCUUCACGACAGGCACAGACGAGGCGUUUGAGGCUCUGCUGGAGGUGACAGGGGCGGCUGGCGCGGACGACAUGUCGCAGGGGGCGCCCGGCGUCAAUGUGAAGCACACGGCCAAGGGCGCCACCGCGCUCAUGGCGGCCGCGGUGCACGGCCGCGCCGACGUCGUGUCUGCCCUGCUGUCAAACGGGGCCGACCCCUCGGUGGCGCUGCCCGGCGCCGGUGCCCAGACGGCGCGCGACCUGGCUGCGCUGUACGGGCACGGCGCGGUGGUGGAGGUGCUGGAUGAGUUUGGGGAGGGGGCGGCAGCCGCCGAGGAGCUGGCCAACGCGGCGCUGGCGCUGAGCCACUACCAGGCGCAGACCAAUGCGGAUGAGGUGGAUGUGGACCUCAUCCACCUCCUUCUCAUGUACGCCUGCCAGGAGGGCGUGUUCAAGAAGACGGAUGCAGAGGCGGCUGCUGCCGCGGCGGCGGGGCCGCAGGUGCUGGGCGCGGUGCUUGUGUUCCUGCCCGGCUGGGACGAGAUCAUGCGGCUCAAGGAGAAGCUGGAGAGCAGCCCCGCCUUUGGGAGCAGCAGGUACCAGCUGCUGCCGCUGCACUCCAUGGUGGCCCCCGCGGAGCAGCGCCGCGUGUUUGUGCGGCCGCCCGCCGGCGUGCGCAAGAUUGUGCUGGCAACCAACAUAGCACCAGUCGUGGCGCCACACCACACCACACCACAACCCUGCCUCACGCCCCCUUAA